AUGUCAUUCAAUUUAGUUUGUCUUGGAGCCUACAUUGCAAAGUAUUUAUACUUACGACAACUUGAAUUUAAAAUUCCGCUAAAUAAGAUUGAAUACGUUUAUCUGGCAUUGUUGAUAGGAACUCUUCUAAAGGAUGUCACGUUCACUUGCGCGAUGUUCAGAGGAUCCAUGAACGUUUUAAAUCCGAGAAAACAAAUCAUAUCACAUGUUCUUUUAUUGAUUGCUUGGAUGGUUAUUUCGGGUCUAUAUACCAAGUUUGAAUUAAAUCAAUCGGAAAAGCUUCCGUUGAUGUGUCCAUCAGAUUUUGAUUAUGAACAACCGGAAUACAUGACAGCUUGCAAGCUGCGUCGAUUAAGUAUCAUCAUGAUGUGGUCGUACGCAGGAACGUUCGGAUUAUCGGUAAUAUUAAAUAUGUUGAUAUGUUUUCAAAAUGCGGAAGAUUAUGAAGAACGUUAUGAGGAAUCUAAUUCAUCAUCAUCAAGAUUAAGUAUAAUGCAUGAGGAGAAAUUGCAAUUCACCUCCAAAUAUUCAAAGGAUCAUUACAAUGCUCCAAUUCCAUCGUCGUAUUCUUAUAAUCAUCAUUAUAGUAGACGUUCACCAGCAAGUUUCUUAACCUGCAGCUCAUAUGAAUCUCGCCAACGUCAAGGUUGCAUAACUUAUUUAAUAACGUUAACAUUUGGAUUUUUCAUUUCCGCGUUGUACAUUCUCUCAUCGAUCUUAACCACAUGGUUAUGGACAAGAUCAUCCUCAGCCACCAACACCAACUCUAACCCUAACCGUCCCAACCUUGACAACGCCAUUGACGAAUCCUCAAAGUCAUCAUCAUUAAUUCUAUCGAAAUUUAAUCAAAUAAGGAAUUCUCAAAUUAUUGACGAUAUUUUGGAAUUUCAAGAUGAACAAAGAAAUUCUGAAAUACUCGCAGAAAUGUCGUUAAAAGAAUUUAUUGAACUUAAUAAACGGUUCUCUCAUUUAUUUAACGAUGGGUCAGAAUUUAAUGGGACGGAUGGUACGAUCGUAAUUUUUCGUAAGCCUUCCCCUUCUUACCUUCGAUAUGAAUCAUCAUCUCGUAAUUCAUCUUAUAAUUCAUUAUGCGAGAGUAAUUUGGAAGCAAACAGAAGGAAAUACAUGUCCGAAUAUAGUUUGGAUAGUUCUUUUAGUAGAACUUAUGGUUCGAUAAUUAUUCCGCGUAAAUAUUUGCCAAAUGCCGCACAUAGCGAAACUGAUAGUACAAAUAGCGUGAUUAGUAGGUGCGAAGGGACCAUUAUAAUGGGUAGAAAUCAAAUCACUUCUACUUAUAGUGAGAAUAGCAGUAAACGUCUAUCAUCAGCAUUUAGCGAUCAAACUUCCAGUAGUAAAUAUGAUGGUUCAAUAAUAAUAAAAUUAGUAGAAUAA